AUGACGGUGCAGGUUUGUUUGCUGGAUUUUCCCUGGGUGCUGGACUACAUCUUGGCGACGAGAUUCAAUUGUUCUCUGCGACAAAUACGGCAUGCGGUGUGCAGCAUCGUGCUUACGCUCCGUACCAUUUUGUCUGCUGCAGUCGAGUUGGGCAUACUCGUUUCUCAAGAUUCCGACUCAGAUGGAGCUGUCUCGGCAAAACCAUUUAUCGACAACAUGAUUCAUGUCAUUCGGGAGUGUCUCAAGAACUUUCCUCUCUGCUUAGACUCCGAAUUCUUCCACUCCUUUCUGGAGCCAUUGCCCAGCCAUCUCAGAUUCCUGUGUGGAAAUUUUCACCCACUGACGCACAUGCAGUUCGAGGACUCUGCCAAGCAAAAGGCGUUCGAAGCACAGACAAAAGCAAUAACUCAGGCUUUGUCUGAGCUGCCGUCACAGUGUUCGAACUUGGAGCUUCACAUGAGCUCUCAAGAGCCAGUCCUCAAGCAGAUACAGCUGAUCAAGGAGCAUCUGCGAGCACCUCUCUGGAUGCUUAUGCACGACUUCCGAAGCCUGCAGGGCGAGGAGAAGCUUCUCGUCGAGGAUGUGCGGCAAGCGGUUCGAGCGACUGCAGAGUUGCAGGCGCGCGAAACAGGCGAGCUCCCGUCCUGGCCGCAGGUGCUGGGUGACACUUUGCUACUCUUGUUGCCGCUUUGGAAGCUGUCAGCUUUGGCAGUUGCCAAGGGCCAGGAAGCCUUGACGCAUUUCGUCGCUGGGCCACCACUGGGUGCCAAUCUCGGAGCUCAGCGCCUUCUCAGACGGCUCAUUGAAGUCUUGUUGAGUGAGAAGGCAGACUUUAUGGACAUCGCUCUCUGGUUUGCAGCUGAACCAUCGUCGGCAGCUUUGCUGACCAGUGGGGAGGCAGUGCAUUUCCUCCUCCCAGAGGCAGCCAACGAUGACGAGUUUGCGAGCUUUCGAAAAGAAGGGCUCAUGCGUACGCAGGACAACCUUGCAUACCUGCAGGGGCAUCUCCUCAGGCUGCCGAAGCAUCUGCGCGUGCAUGUUUCUGCAUACUGGAGAAAGGCCGUGGAGGAGGUCCACCUCUACCUGCAGCUGUACCUGAGAGUCAUUGAGGCUUUCCUCGAGGUGCAAAAAGAGGCAGGUGCCUACGAUGGUAUGCCCAAGCACACUCUUUCAGCUAUGUCCUAUGCCUUGAGUAAAGCCACUGCUGACACAGCAUGCAAGUUGCAAGGGAAGCUACGUCUAGAAAUGCCGAAGAAGUCCAAGGCGAGCAAGAAUGCUACAGGAGCUUACCGCGUGAAGCUGCGCGUCCCUUUUGAACAGCGCUUGGUGCGAUACGCAUCUGCCGGCUGCAAGGGUCCUGUCAUGGACGGCUUCAGGACCGUGGAGGAGCCUGCAUAUCUCUCCAUCAAGGAGGAGAAUAUUGCACCUUUCACCCUUCCAGUGGAGGCCUUCACUUUUGAACCCGAGCCGGACAUGGUUGUGAGCCAUUUUAAAAACGGCGAUACGGAGCGCAAAAUCUACUGCAACAUAGAGCUCUCAGAGGAGGAGAAAGCAAGCGUCAAAGCUCUGCAGGAAACAGCAAAGGCCCAGGGCCUUGAGUUUUUCCCUUCCAUCGCAAUUAUGGCAGGGCGCUUUUUGAGCAGAGCUCGGGGCGACCCUCACAAGGCCAUCAAGCUCAUGUUGGCCACACAGGAGUGGAAGGCAGAAUACUUCAAGGCCGGGCCGGUUUCCGAUCACCAAGUGAUCGAUGAUCUCAAGUACGGCGUAGUUUACUUUUGUGGCCGAGAUUAUGGCAUGAGGCCCACAAUUGUGUGCCGAGCAAAUCGGAUACCAGACGAGUGGUACAAGGACAAGGCUGCCGGCAUUGAGCGGCUGAUCAGAGUAUUGAUUUUCUCCAUGGAGUACAUGGUCAGAUAUAUGGUUGUGCCUGGCAAAAUCGAGAACAAUUGCCUGGUGGUCGAUCUUAAGGGUCUCGGGAUCUCCGGAGUUCCGAUAUCAGCCUUGUCCAAGAUCUACUCGGUCAUGAGUCAUCACUACAUUGGUCGGGUCUUUAGGUUUUACGUUGUCAACAUGUCCAGCGGCUUGAGCACCAUUGCUGGCUGGGUCAAAGGCCUGCUGACCGAUCGGCAGAAGCAAAAGCUGCAGCUGUUGGACAACCUAGAUGAUUUGAAGAAGGAUUUUGCAAAUCAUCAGCUGGAAGAGGACUUGGGUGGCACGAGACCGCUUAUCAAGACCUUCUUCCCAUUCCCACUUCAGGGUCCACCGUUCGACAAGGGCUCAACUGAAAGUUGUACCGCCAAGCCGCUUGAGGGUACUCACAAGUUGCUGACGACAAUGGGUGCACGGGGUCGAAUAUGGGAUCCCACGAAGACCAAAGAGGAAAAUGCAGCUUUGGAGUAUGCUCCAGAGGCAUACGACUUCUUCGUCCAGAAUGAACUCCCGGUGCCACCCGACUGUCAGAAGCAGCACGAGGCCGCCAAGCAAGCCGAAGAGGAAGCCAAGCGUGCAGCGGCAGAAAGCCCCAGUGGAAUUACAAACUCAGACAUGAAGGCUAGCAACGACGGGGCCAACCCGGAUAUGCUUACAGCCCCCGGAGCGUUGCCGGAUGAGGAGGAGGACGACGACGAAGAGGAGGAGGAGGAGGCUUGCAGCCCAGACUCGCUAGCAGCAGCAGUGAUUUACAUCGGUUCCAGUUUUCGAAGUCCAGAGUGCGACAGAUCAGCAGGACAUCAUCGUCCAGGAUCCAGCAGCUAUCAAGCCUAG